AUGAUAAAGUCGGCGGCGACGGUGGCGGUGGGGAAGGGGAUGAUGGUGGGAUCGAGCCCGGGGCGGACGGAGAAGCUGCCAGCGCCGGGGCUGGCGAGGCUGCUGGGGGGGGCGGGGAAGAGCCGGGGGCGGGGAGGGGCGGCACGGUCGAGCCCGAUGUUCGUGACGCGGAGCCGGAGCGUGGGGCGGCUGGCGGAGGCGGAGGCAAGGGCCGAGGAGGGGGAACCGUCGUCCCCCAAGGUCACGUGCAUCGGCCAGGUCCGAAUCAGGAACAAGAACAAGAAGAAGAGGGACACGACGACUACGACGUUCAAGUCUAAGGAGAGGCGGCCGACGGCGACGGCUACGGUGGUGGAGCGUUGCCGGUGCCUCCAGAGGCCGCUGCUUUGCGGUAUGUUCGCCGGCUGUACAAGGGGCUCAGGCGGGCGGCCGUGGCGGUCGUUGUGGUGGCGGCAGUGGGAGUUUAGCCUCCGAUCUGGAAAAGGCCGGAGGUACCAGCAGAGAAGAUCAAUCGAGAAGGACGCAGAUCUCAUGAAGCCACCAAUAGAAAUGGUAGGAGGAGGAGGAGGAGGAGGAGGAGGAGUUUUUGAAUCGGAUCGAGAAGAAUAUAAGGACGACGACGAUGAGGAGGAAAAAUUGGAGAACGAGGAGGAGGAUGAGACUAGGGUUUUCGUUUCGUCGGCGACGACGCCGCCGCCAAAGAACGCGCUUCUGCUGAUGAGAUGCCGAUCGGCUCCGCACAACCGUGCGUCGUCCCUCGCCGCCAACCGGUUCCCGGUCUCUCCGCUUCCGCCAUCGGAAUCGAAGCCUUCUCUGGCAGAGAAGAAGACGGAAGCGAGAGAAGAUGAGGAGGAGAAAGAAGGGAAGAACUCGAGCAAUGGGAGCUCGAGAGAUGGAGGGGAGGGGGUAGAGGAGGUAUCGCGGCCCCUGGUGCUGACGCGGUGCAAGUCGGAGCCGGCGAGGGGGGCGGUGGUCCCGGAAGCGUCUUACUGUUUCUGGGCCAACAGCGGCAACGGCAGGUCGGCCCUCGUACACGACGACCGGCCCCCACCACCUCUCCUCCACCGCUGA